CUAGGAAUAGAAAAUAAAAGAAAACCCCUAAUCUAAUUCGCUCUGCGCCGUCUCCGCCUUCACCGUCCGUCGUCUACCUCUCACCGCCCUAUUUGUAUUACAAUCGUAUUCUUCUUUCUUCUCUGACCCGUCUGCACCCUCUUUCUCGUCGUCGUCUUCAUCUGGCCAACACGAGCCAACGCUCUUUUCCAGGCUGCUCUGAUACACGCCUUGACUCGAUCCGUAGAGGUUGGUUCCCGCUCCGCUCAAUAUUUCUUCUCUACAGUAAGCGAAAAGUGAAAACCCGAUCUGAAAUCUCCAAGGAAAACAGCCUAGGACGAUGAAUUUCGCGGAUGAUAAUUUUGAGCUGAGAGAAGUCCAGACACUUGAAGGCCACGAGGAUAGGGUUUGGAGCCUCGCCUGGAAACCAGCCACCGGAGCUGAUGGAGUCCCAGCGGUACUCGCUUCCUGCAGCGGAGACAAAACCGUGCGCAUCUGGCAGCAGAGUUCCAUUUCCGGCCCUUUCGAAUGCAAGGCAGUAUUAGAGGAGACGCAUACUAGGACCGUACGAUCCUGCGCUUGGUCGCCGUCUGGAAAAUUGUUAGCAACUGCAAGUUUUGAUGCCACCACUGCCAUUUGGGAAGAUAUUGGGGGUGAUUUUGCUUGUGUUUCCACUCUAGAGGGUCAUGAGAAUGAAGUCAAAAGUAUCUCUUGGAAUGCGUCGGGGUCAUUGCUUGCAACUUGUGGCCGAGACAAAUCAGUUUGGAUAUGGGAAGUGUUACCUCAUAAUGAAUUCGAUUGUGUUGCGGUGUUGCAAGGACAUACACAAGAUGUUAAAAUGGUUCGAUGGCAUCCGUCAAUUGAUAUUCUGUUCUCCUGUGGUUAUGAUGAUACUAUAAAGGUGUGGGCGGAGGAUGGGGAUGGCGAUGAUUGGCACUGUGUUCAGACAUUAAAUGCAGCCAACAGGCAUACAUCUACGGUCUGGGCUUUAUCAUUUAAUGCCAAGGGAGAUAAGAUGGUUUCUUGUAGUGAUGACCUUACCAUUAAAAUAUGGGGUUCGGAUAUUAUGAGCAUGCAAUCUGGAAACGGAUAUGCACCUUGGACGCACCUGUGUACUCUCUCUGGUUAUCAUGAUCGGACUAUUUUCUCUGUUCAUUGGUCGAGGGAGGGAAUCAUUUGCAGUGGGGCAGCUGAUGAUACAAUAUGCUUGUUUGUUGAGAAUGAAGAUAGCACGGUGGAUGCACCUUCUUACAAGUUACUUCUGAAGAAAGAAAAGGCUCACGACAGGGACAUAAAUGCCGUGCAGUGGAACUCCAUGGAUAACCGGCGCCUCGCCUCGGCCAGCGACGAUGGCACGGUGAAGAUAUGGGAAUUGGGGCAGAAGAAACAGCAGUCAUGAUCAUGGUGGUGUGCUACUUGCAAUAUUUUCCAUGUAGAAGAGACUAUAUAUAUAUGUAUGUACAAUACCUGUUAUUUUAUGUUUUUGUCAUUGAUUUGGAGUAUUUUAGAUUGUUCUUGAGUGUUUUGUAUUUAUUUA